AUGAAGGAUUCUGUAGUUACCUCUUAUGAUUGUAUUACCAAACCUCUUAAAGUGAUCAAACAGCAGCUUGAACAAUCAUAUCGUACUGAUUCAUCGGUGCAGAAUGAAUUUGACAUACCAACAUAUUUUCAAACCAUUUUCUCAACUGAAGAAAGCGUGCUUGAGAUACCUUCUUUAAAUGAUACUUCCGUGUACGAUAUUCCACACCAUUCGCUUGUUCGCUUUCGGGCCAUGAUUCAGAACACGGGAUUUGGUCACGAAAUGUUUGUAAGCUUUUAUGAAACAUCGGAUCAUAAGGGUAACAAGAAAUGGAAAUACAACAAGUAUUCGGACGAUAUGGAUACGGAAUGUCCGUCGUUUAGUGAAACUAAUGAAUCGGGAGCUGACAUCGAAGAAAUUGUGAGAUCGACGGCGAAUAUGCAUUUAGACAACAGCAAGGGCGAGAAUAGAUUUAAAAAAGUCGCUUCCAAAUUUCCAUUCCCCAAUGAAGAUCACGUGGCUGCUAUAGUAAAAUUUUAUGAAAAAGAUGACUCUUUAAAAGUAACCGAUGUUGUUGAAUUCAUCGGUGUCCUUUCUCAUCCUAAAGAAUUAAGCGAUGAUGAACUAGAACAAGACGAUGAAGAAUGUGGCUUCGAUGUUGCGUUCUCCAUUGUCCCUUGUAUCCAUGCGAUCUAUUACAGGACACUUCAUAUGUCAGGAAAUCCACUUAUAUCGCUCCAACUGACUGAUCCUUAUGAUAUACAACGUCGUGCAAGUCAUAUACGAAGUUCGUUACUCCAAUAUAUUGCUGCCGCGUUCAAAAAUGAUUACUUAGUAGCUGAAUUUGUUUUGCUACAACUUUUAUCUAGAAUAUAUAACCGACGUAAUGGUUUGACCCUUGGUAAACUUGUAUUGAAUAUAAGUAACGUGCCAUCAUGUCCCCUCGUUACAAACGGGCGCUUAUCUUCAUCUUCCAAUUCGGGUCUAAUUCAUUCAAAUGUGUUUACAAAGCGUGUAUCCACUGUUCUUUCCUCACUUCUGCCAAAGUAUCAUGAUCUUCCUUUAACUCUUUCGACUUUUAAUGAGUUCCUUUUUUAUCCGCGAGAUAACGAUAAGUUAGAUUCUGGGAUACUUCAAGUUAAUCAAGGAACUUGGUUUUUAAUUGAUGAGACUGUUAUGGAAGAAGGAAAACUCGAUGAUAUUGGCGUUCGUAAUCUACAAGCGUUGAAUGAAAUUCUUGACAAUCAGAAACUUAAAUAUGCUUUUCCAUUUAAUGAUUUUGAAUUUGAAACUGAUAUUGGUGCAAUCAUAUUGUCGAAUGCAAGAUCAUUUCUACCUUGUGAUUGCAUUAUUCCUUUAAUUCCUAACGUUGAAGAUACGUUAAUGUUUGACGUACAAGAAGAAAUCUUAGCAGAAUUUAGGAUAUAUCUUAGUACUCUUCGAUACGCUGAAUAUUCUAUCCCUGAAAGUGUUUCGGAGCAUAUUCAAAAUGAAUUCGUCAACCAACGGAAAAAUGCCUCAAAAACUGGUCAACCUUUGGUAACUCAAACUGACCUAUUACUGCGAAUGACUUUAGCAAGAUUGGUAACUUUAAGCUUUGGUCAAUUUGAGCUAACACCGGAGCUGUGGAACUAUACACAAAAAUUGGAUGAUCAACGAAAACAACGCAUUCAAAUACAUAAUCCCGAUAUUCUUGAUGCUGAUGAAGGUAUGAUUCUGACGAGUCAAGUUCUUGCAAGUGCAGAUCUCAAUAUUCAAGAUUUUGAACAAUCAAAAAUCUGA